UUCUUCUUUAGGUUUCAGAGGAGCGUGUUGGAUCUCUCUUUACAGUGGAGAUUUGCCAGACUGCCCAACAAUGCCAAGCUGGAGAUGGUGCCAGUCUCUAAUAGAGUGGGAAUUGGAAACACGAUUCGGAUCGCAUUACAAUUAGAUGAUGGCUCCCGUUUACAAGACACAUUUCUCUGUCAACAGACUUUGUGGGAACUUCUCAACCAUUUUGCAAAGAUCAGGGAGUUUAUGGAACAGCGUGGUGAAUUCUCUCCAGUCUGUAUUUACAUGCGAGAUGAGAUAUCAGGAAAAGAUGCCCUAGAGAAGACAACACUGAAGUCACUUGGCCUGACUGGAGGCAGUGCCAUCAUCAGAGUUGUCAUGAAGAAAUGCAGUUCAUCUGGUCGAGAGGAGGCUGUGGGUGCCACGGUGCGGUGUAAUGAGCUGACUGUGAGGCCAGGCCCUAUUGAAGGAGCAGUGGAUGUGCCCCUACCUCAAGCAAACACAUUCCCAGAGAACUUGGACCACGAGGAUGUGACCAUGUCUUUAAACAGCUGCACAAACAAGCAAGACUCAAUUAGAGAAUCUCAUGCCAGCUUAGAGGAGCUGCGGCCUUACUCAGAGCCUGAGUCUACCCCAUUUGUCCCUUUUUUUGGAGAUGGACAGCGUCUGGGGGACUCUUCUGUAGUUGCACCAUCUCUUGGGUUAGAUAUGCCAUCUUCAAAGCUGCCAACAACUUUUUCCACCCCUGGAGGCCCCUCUAAGCCAAAGAAGUCUAAGAACAGCCAAGACCUGCAGAAAGAGCAAGAACAGCUUGUAGAACGAGAGGCACUUGUAUGUCACCUAGACCUACUAGAACCGCUUCCUGCUGGCCCAGAAGAGCUACCUGAUGAGUUUUUUGAAGUCACAGUUGAUGAUGUACGGAAACGUUUGGCACAGCUGCAGAGUGAGAGGAAACGCCUGGAAGAAGCUCCACUGAUGACAAGAUCUUUGAGGGAGGCUCAGCUGAAGGAAAAGUUAGAGCGUUACCCAAAGGUGGUGUUGAGAGUCCAUUUUCCAGACCGUCAUUUUCUACAGGGGUUCUUCCAUCCUAGUGAAACUGUUGGCAUUUUGAGAGACUUUGUAAGAAGCCACCUUGCAGAUGCAGACUUGCCAUUUUACUUGUUUAUUGCACCUCCCAGAAUCAUCUUGAAUGAUGAAAGUUUGACGCUCUUUGAGGCUAAACUCUUUCCAACUGCUGUCAUUCAUUUUGGAUCUGAGGAGUGCAGGGAUUGUUACCUGAAAUCAGACCUGCUGAGCUCUGCAGUUUCCCCUUCUGCAGCUGAUGUAUUAGUAGCCAGACGUUUGUCCAAAUCAUUAGUUCCUUCUGCUUCGUCAUCUGUAGAAUCAACAGUUCCAUCCCUAUCUGAACCAAAAGUGGGAGGUGACAAUAAGACCAAUGAGCAGCCGGAACCAGCAAGCCUGCAGGAAGCUCCACAGGUGUUGAGAAGGCCCCCUGGGAAAAUACCCAAAUGGCUGAAGCUGCCAGGUGGGAAGAGAUGA